AUGAUUACGAAGUCCGGUUCAUUGAGAAAACAAAAAGAAUUAUAUGAUGUCAUUUUGAUUGUUGAUCAAAAUAAAGCUUCUCCUCAUCAAACUGUUCUUUCUACAUCUAGUCUUUAUUUUAAAGCAAUGUUUAUUAAUGAAUUAGCUGAAAGUCGACAAACAGAAACAAUUAUUCAUGAUAUUGAUGAAUAUGCCAUGGAAUUAUAA